AAGUGGCGACUGCGGAAAAUGGAAACAAUUCCAGGAGAGCUUCGAAUUAAGACGGACAGUUUUAUAGGAUAUCUGUGGAAUAUCACAAACCAACUGAACCGUACCUUUGCUUUGGAAAACCCUGAGGCCAUCGACUCCAUCAUCAAGAGUUGCACUGCCAUGAUGCGUAUGACGUCACAGAGAUGUGAUUCGGAUGCCAGCCAAUAUUCAUAUGUGUUUGAGAAAACGUUGGAGAUCAUUAAAAAAGCUUCUCUGCUCGGGGUGACCACAGCGAGAGUUACCAGGUCCCCAUCAGGCACCGUCUAUACAGCCCCCUACAAACCCGAGGAACUCGAUAACGCAGUGAUAGGCUCAGAGGAAGACGGCGGGAUGGUAAAGCUCCCCUCGUUCUCAGCGAUGGAGUCAAUCAUUGGAAAACACGAAACCAUUGUUGCACAGAUGGCCACAUUUUCAACCAACCCGUACCCCUCUGCACACAACAUAUCAGGAAGCGUUUGCAGCCUUGUACUCUCUGAUGGGACAUCUGAGUUUAAGGUGGAAAAUCUGAAAGAGAUGAUUGAGAUAUAUUUACGCCGCCCCAAUGCUCCACCUCUGACCAGCAACAUCGCCGUGUUGAACAAAGGCACAAAGUCAGUAACUCAGAUUAAUGUGUCCAACACUGAGAUGACCAUCUUAUUUAAGGUCGAACCCAGCAUCAACGUGACUUUGGCUGUUUCCUUGUCUUACGACUCACCUCCUAACUCCACAUACUUUCAGAACACAACCAUUUUGUACAGCACAGAUGACUAUCACUGGCUGAUAACCCCAGAGAUGUUAAAUGACACCUUAGGGUCAUGGUAUGUAGAAACCAGAAUUGUAAAUUUCACACUGGAAACAGACGUGACGCUGAACAUCACCACAUACGUUAGCCGGUGCCUUUACUGGGACGCUGGGAAACAGGAAUGGACCGACAGAGGCUGCAGGGUUGGAGAGAAAAGCACUGCCGUGCUGACACAGUGUCUGUGUAACCACCUGACCCUCUUUGGGAGCUCCUUCUUUGUGAUGCCAAACUACGUUGACGUGUCUCGAACAGCGGAGCUGUUUGCCACAGUGAAUGAGAACUACGUGGUGUUGGCCCUGCUGUGUGCUUUCUAUGGUCUUUACCUCAUCACACUGCUGUGGGCCUGCUACGCUGACCGCAGAGCCAGCUCCAAGAGGAAGAUAACGGUGCUGGAGGACAAUCACUCAGGAGCUCUGUACAACUACCUGGUCGGGAUCCAGACGGGCCAUCGCAGAGGCGCCAGCACUUCUGCUAAUGUCACAUUAAAGCUGAUUGGCACAGAAGCAGAGAGCACCAUACACACCCUCACCGACCCAGAAAAGCCGGUGUUUGAGAGAGGAUCUUUCGAUAUGUUCCUUUUGUCCACGCCAUACCCACUGGGAGACCUGAAAAGCCUUCGACUUCAGCAUGACAACUCCGGAGGUCACCCAUCAUGGUAUGUCAGCAAAGCAACCAUACAGGACCUUCAAACAAAAAGUGUCUGGCACUUCUUCUGUAACUGCUGGCUGAGCGCUGACCAAGGAGACGGCAUGACCAAGAAAACCUUCAACGCUGCGAAAACCAAUGAGAUCGCCAGCUUCAGGAACAUUUUCCAGACCCGAACAUCAACCGGUUUUAGAGAUGAGCACAUCUGGGUGUCCAUCGUGGAUCCUCCCUCCCGCAGCCCGUUCACCCGAGCUCAGAGGGUUUCCUGCUGCAUGUGCCUGCUCCUGUGCACCAUGGCCAUCAACAUCGCCUUCUGGAACAUCCCUGUAGAUCCAAACUCUGCUGUGCUCUUUUCAAUAGGGUCGCUUGAGAUGACUUGGCAGGAUCUCAUGGUGGGCGUGCAGUGCGGUCUCCUCAUGUUUCCGAUCAACAUCCUCAUCAUAACCAUUUUCCGAAGCAUCCGGCCUCGCCUGGUUUCAAAAUCCAAAAAAGAUGAUCCUGGUGAGAUCUUCAAACCUCCUGUUGUCAGCAUACCAACUAUUCUGAAGGAAACCGAGCUGAUGAUUUCUCUGCUGAGCAUGAAUCCGAGGAACAAGUUGUCAGAGAUGCCCAGGCUAGAGGCCUCCAAUGACCUCUCACCAGCUUUGGACAGGAUUCAUAUCUUUAUCCAGAAUAUACAAGGUGAGAGUGAGAGUGACAACCACUGGGUUUACUGCAGCAAGUUCCUCUUGGCCAGUCUGUGCAACCUCCACAUGAACCUGGAGAAACUGGAUGCAAGAAACUUCUCGAGUCAGGAUGAGUACCAGCAGGUUCUCAACACAACCAACCUGCUGGUCCGCAAGGCUGAGAUGGUCCUCAGCAGUCACCUGUCCAACUGCCCAGCACCUGUGAGGAGGAAGAAGAAGACUCCUACAGGUUUCAAGCUGCCCUGGUGGUGCGUGUUUAUUGGCUGGUUCCUGUUGCUCUCCAUCAGUGGGAUAUCCACCUACUUCACCCUGUUGUAUGGGUUUCAGUAUGGCAAAGAGAAAUCCAUUAAGUGGGCCAUGUCUUUGGGUCUGUCCCUUUUUGAGAGCAUCUUCGUCCUGCAGCCUCUGAAGGUGAUAGGUGUUGCCGUGUUCUUCGCACUGCUGCUGAAACCUGUUGCUGUGGAGGAGACUGAAGAAGCAGCACAGGCACUGUCAGAGCAACAAGACAGAUGCAGACGGUACACCGGCAGAAAUGUGCUGUGAGGAUGCAACUCUUCAAUGGACAGGCUGUGUUCUGCAUGAUCGGCAUUAUCAUGCCUGCUUUUCUUCAACAUGUGCCGCUCUAUCAAUACCAAAUGUUUGCAUAGCUACAGAAUCUUUCUUUAGAGGGGAGCUGCAUUAAAUGGGUGAUGAAAUGACUGAUUAAAUAUGUGAACAUGUUGAUAAUUAUGUAUCUUUAUUAAUGUAAACGACUGAACUCUAUCAGGGAUUUCUAGCAGUGGAACCUUUUUUAGUCCUAUAAAGCAUAGUCAGUAAGUUAUAAAAAUAGUCGUUUGUUUACAGAAUCAAUAUAUAUUUUUACAUAGUUUCACAUUAGUAUAAUUAAUUGCUUAUAUUCAAGUUGAACCGGUACAGAAUUUAAUUUACAUUAUGUUCAAAAACACAGCAGAAACCAAGUUUUUCUUUAUUAUAGAAAUGUAAAACUUGAAAAAUGUAAAACUUUUAAAAUCCGUCAUUCGAGCAAAAAUAACACUCAAAAGGUAACAUUACAAGUAGUAAGAUUAGUUUUCAGAGGCUCCUGUUUCUGUCUGUGUAACAGUGAAUGACUUGAAAUGAAGGUAAACUUAUGUAAUUGCACAUAUGGGAACUGAUGGAUAAUUGAUCACAUUUUUAAUUUCACUUCCAUCCAUGUAAUACUUGCUGAAAGGGGGGUGUUGCACUUUCUUUUUGAUCGGUGGGUUUUUCCUGUGGGAUUCAGUCUACCCUGUGUCUGAAUGAUUUAUGUGACAGGCCUAACUACAUUUGUGUCUUUGCUUUUGGUUUGGAAAUUCAUGUUUCCCUCGUAGACAUUUUAUUAUUCUGUGUUAGAUCAUUUGUGAUUUUCACAAGAUCACAAAGUUCUGGUUAUUCCUUUUUCUGCAUUAAAAUUGAAUGUGUGAAUUUAAAUAAAGUA